AGGUUAUGUCUGUUAUGUGUAUGUGAGGCAAGAGAAGAGGCCUAAACUUAUAUAAUAACUUUUUCUAUCUUUGCCUUUUUUCGUUGUCGACCCCAUAAUAUCCAUAGAUUAUUAGUGACUUUGUAUUUUCAUAUUGCUUGCAUUUAACAAGUAAAUGUAACUAUUUGUUACGUGACAAACAGCCUAGGCCUAUCCCUAACCCUCGAAUCGAAAUGGGCUCUACUCCGAAAUUGGGGUCUGAAAUUGCUCUAGCAAUGAUGAGAUCUCUUCCCAGGCUUUCUCUGGGUAACCUUCCAAAGGUUCUGCAGUUCAAUUUUAAGGUUCAUAAGAGAGGAAGAGGUCAACAUAGAGGAGAUAAACAUGGCUCUGGCAACAAGGGUUCAGGCCAGAGGCAGAAUUACAUGCGCUUGGGAUAUGAAACCGGCAGCAAUCCAUUUUACAAGAGAUUUCCAAAUGAACCGUACUACCAAAAUCAUCAUCUAAGGAGACAAUAUCCUCCUGUCUCUCUGAAUAUGCUCCAAAUGAUGAUUGAUACGGAUCGUCUUGACAUAUCAAAGCCUAUUGAUUUGGCGGCCAUUUGCAACACUGGAUUGUAUGACAUUACUCCUGAUAUGAUGGAGUAUGGCAUCCACCUGACGGAUGAGGGUGCAGACAAAUUCCGAGCCAAAGUCAACAUUGAAGUUCAAUGGGCGAGAGAACCUGUGAUAGCAGCUGUGGAGCGUAACGGAGGAGUCAUAACAACAGCGUACUUUGACGUCCACAGCCUAUGGGCACUCAGGAACCCUAUCAAAUUCUUUCAGAAAGGGGAAGCUAUACCAAGGAGAAUGUUGCCUCCUCAAGAUGCAAUCCUGUAUUACACUGGAGCAGCAACCAGGGGAUAUCUAGCGGACCCAGAAAAGGUGUCUUGGGAGAGGCUUGUUCUAUCACAGAAAUAUGGGUACAAAUUGCCUGUAAUUGAGGAAGAUCCUGAUUACCAAAUGCUGACCGAACGUAAAGACCCGAGACAGAUCUUCUAUGGACUGGAGCCAGGCUGGGUUGUCAACCUUAAGGACAAGACUAUCCUUGUUCCAAAGUAUGAAGAGCUUAAGGAGUUUUAUAGGAAUUAAACCGUGUUGUUGAAAUGUAGUGUUUUGUAAAUAAACGUAGACCCAUGUGUUAAA